GCCGCGCUCUCUUCACCUCUUGUCUCGCAUCGACUUGUAGAUGCGCACGCAGAUUGGCCCGGAUAUCACAUCACAUCACAUCACAUCCCACCACCCCUUCCUCACUGACAGCGACCUCAUUCCCACUCCGACCCUUACUGGGUUGUCGCCGCACAGCAUGUCGAUCCCGACCCCGACCCCGACCCCGACCCCGACGCCGCACACAUCGUCCUCGUCUCCGUCAGCCAGCGGCGGCACAACACCCUUUGCCAUCGUCACGCUAGUCACCACCGACGACUACUUGCCCGGCGCACUCGCUCUCUCCGCUUCCCUAGCCAAGCAUUUGCCCGCAUCUACCGAUCAAGCCAGCCGAAGCGCUUCGGACGAUGCGUCAGCGACGACGAGCGACGCACCUCGGCAAGAUAUCCACACCAUCGCUCUAGUGACUCCGGCCAGUCUUAGCCCUCGAACCAUCAAAUCUUUGGCGCGUCGUUUUGAUCGCAUAGUGGGAGUGGAGCAAAUCUCUCUCGCUACUUCCAUCGUCGACGAAGCUACAAAAAAGCUGGCUGCUACUGGCUCGGGCGUUGGCGGUGCGCAACAACGAUCUCAGGAUGCCAAGUUGGGCAGAAGGAUUCGAAGGCAGGCGGCGAGGAAUUUGGCCUUGUUAGGCCGGCCAGAUUUGGGAGAAUCGGCUGGGGCGGCAUUGACCAAGCUGCACGCAUUCCGAAUGGAUGCGUACAAGCGGGUCCUCUUCCUCGACGCGGACACCAUCGUCUUGCGACCGAUCCAUCACCUCUUUGGACUUGCCCCUUCCCCUCUGUACGCUGCGCCGGACAUUGGCUGGCCAGACGCCUUCAAUUCUGGCGUCUUGCUCCUUCAACCUUCGGCCAGCACGUUUGCAUCGAUAAGAUCAUUUGCAGCUACCACCGGAACUUGGGACGGUGCCGAUCAAGGUCUGCUCAAUGAUUUCUUUGGCGGCGAAAGAAAGCGCGGGCAAGAGGGCUCAGGUGGAGGUUGGGACAGGCUAAGCUUCACCUAUAAUGCCACUCCCAACGGCGGUUACACCUAUGCUCCUGCAUACGUACGCUACGGCAGUGGCAUUCACAUUGCCCACUUUAUCGGCUCGCACAAACCUUGGCACUCGCCGCGUCCAAACGCUGAUGCUGCAGCAGCAGGUCGAGAUCGCGCAGCAAAUGACUACACGGCCCUUCUCAGGUCUUGGCACAACUACUAUGAAGCUGCUGUGCCCUCUCGCAAGACUUUGCAGACCGCUUCUGGAUCGCGUCGGGGCGCAACCCGCGUUGUGCACUCGUCUCGCGGCGUCGAGAUCGUAGAGGAGGAGGAGGAGGGCCAGUUCGAGGUACCGACCUAUCAAGCGGCGUGGGAAAGGAGCGAGACGGGCGUAGCAGCUUCUUCUGGCGCGGGCAACGUCGAUGACCUUCGUGCCAUGUUUGGCGAAGGGCGCACAAGCGUCGGCGACAUCGCUUCCAGGUACGCUGCCGUAGGAGCUUAUUACAGCUUGCCUCUUGAAGGGCGCACAAGCUUGAUUCCCCCGCCAGCAGACGCGUGGGACGAUCCAGGAGAUAGCACGGACGAAGAGGCGGAGGCUCGCAAACGCAAAGUCGCUGCUGAUGCGCACAGAGCCAGAGAAGCAGCAGAGAUGGCCUCAUCAGGACAAGCUGUCAAACCUCAGCACGCCUCAUCAACCUCGCCCACCGGAGACGGCACAUGGUCACCUCCACACCUCUCGUGGAAUCCUGCCAUGGGACCGCCACCGAGCGAUUCUUACCAGAUGGCUGCCCCGCCAGAUGCAUAUUACGAAAAUGCUUGGGAAUCCAACGACGGCAGCCGGCACGCUUUCUUUAGACCUGCGGCCGACGACCGCGCUAGAGCAGACGAAGCCUCGCGUAGACGCGCACUUGAACGCUUGCAGCGCGAGCACUGGUUCGACAAUCUCGGAUCCGACCGACCAGAUCCAAACGCUGUCAAGGCCGUCUUUCCGUGGGAGCAAGGCAAACAGACUGGUGAAUCGGUGCCCACACGUCGAUUUCCUGAAGAGCCGCCUUCUGUGCAACCGCACAGCUCGGAAAUGGACCGCAGCUUGGCUGCGGCGGCUUCUCAGCCUCCCUCGCUGAGAAAUUGGCCGGAUCAAGUGUCUAGCUCUUCUCAGCCCGCAUCUUACGGCGGCAAUGAAUCGCGCGGCUUGCCACAGACUUUGAGCUACACGAACGCUUGGGAUGUGGAGGGAUCUCUGGGGCGAUUCGGAGCGGAUCGUUGGCGGCCGUCCAUGGACGAAGGUCAAUCGAGAGGGGUCCAGACCGAGGCGGACGUGGUCACGCGAGGUUCGCAGACCAAACGAGGCAGGUACAAGCAUUGGAGCGGCGGCACAGGGGGCUCGUCAGUCCAAGCAGACGGAAGCAUCGAGGAUAUCAGAAGAGAUGAGGGAGCCAAAGAUUCCGCAUUGGGCAUGUACGGUGUUGGUGCGCACCAAUUGGCCGAUCAGUCUGCCGACGGCGAUGACGAGUCUAGCUCGGAAGGCAACGAGAGCGACGAUGAGGAGGGUUAUCUGCAGAGGCAACAUCAACAACAGCCACAGCAAUCGCGACCAACUUCGCUUGUGGGCCGCGGCUAUCAGCGCAAAGCGGAAGCUUCGGCAAACGUUGCGAAGAAUGCGAGUCCGCGCAGUCCCAAGACGCCUGUAGCCAUGCUUUCGCCGCUUGGCGGUAGUGCUACGAGCGGGAGCGGCGGCGGCGGAGGAGGAGGAGGAGGGGGUGCGUUGGGGGGUAGCGGUAAUUUGCGGUACGGAUCGUUUGAUCUUCGACGUACGCGAUCCGAUUCUGCCGAAGAUUCCAGCUCGACGCCCACUGCUGCCAGUCCAGAGGCGAUGGGAUCUGCUGCUGCAAGAGCAACGAUGACCGGUAGAGCUCGUAUACGUCCAGACGGAACGUACGACGAUAGCGCUGCUUCCCCCCCCUCCUCCUCCUCCUCCUCCUUCUCUUUUCAUGGCUCUUUUCAAGAUCCCAGCAACACGCUCAGAGAUUUGACGCUGCAACAACCAUCCUUGUCUGCUCGCGCCGCCACCGCCACCACCGCCGCCACGACGACGACGACGAGACAAGCGGGGGGACACGCUUCUCGCGCAGAAGCUGCCUCUAGCGGCAGUUCUCAAUCCGGCGGCGGCGGCGCAGCUUCGCCUUCCAUGGGCACUUCGCCCGUCUUUUCCAGAUCCGAAUUGACCCAGCUAGCUAGGACGCAUCAACAUGCUUCUUCUUCCGCUUUCGCUUCGCUCCCUGCUGCUGGCAGAAGGCGCGGAGGUGCAGGAAAUGGCAGCACGGGAGGCGCGGGCUGGUAAGACGGCGCUGGGGCGCGCGCGCGCGCGCGCGUUGGGGCGCACGACGAAGCUGCUUGUUCAAGCAAACGAUUUUGCACGCCCCCACGCAUUGAUGAUUUAGAAUUUGAAAUACAUGGGGCCCACACAAUUACAGAAGGGGGGCGCGCUUUGGUACUACACAUCGAGCAGCUCUUUGGCACGGGCAUAGGC